AUGUCUCAACGAGCAACCCCAAAUCCCCCGACCGGAAACAAACCGACCCCAUUUCGCUACAUGGAGCCAUACGGACAUCUCGCACCUCCCCCCGAGGACCCCACACACCAAUUCGACAACCUCGAAGAGGCCCUCUCCAUCCGCAUCAACGAUAAAGACAUCCACUGCUUCAGACUCGUCGCCGCGGGAAAAAAUACCCAAGGUACCGGAUAUGCUGUCCGUCUACACGCAUUUACCACCGAUUUGGAAAGUCAAGACAUCGCCAUGAAAGGGAAAAGGGAGGAUGUCCAGGUCACUGUCGCGCCAAAGGACAAGUUUGCGGACGAAAUCGCCGGUGAGAUCAUGGCUAUUUCUCUUGGGAAUCAGGGAUGCAUUGUUAUUCUGGUGUAUUUCAAGAAGGCAGACUUGGACUUUGUUGAGGAUGAAGAGUGGGUGAAGGAGUUCAUGGAUGCGGAGUAUAAAGAGUCUGUUAUUCUGGACUGGGAGGACUGGGUUGAGGUGUGA